CCCAUAAAGACCGCUUUUAUAAAGGUGGCGACUCCUCCCCUCGUUCGCAUACUCUGUCACUGCCGCUUUUUCUGCGUCUCCAUCAUCUCAGAUCGCGAUGGCGACCGUCGGAGGGAUCAAGGAAGUGGAAGGGAUUGCUAACAGCGCCGAGACCGAGCAGCUCGCCCGCUUCGCCGUCGACGAACAUAACAAGAAAGAGAAUGCUCUCUUGGAGUUCGUGCGUGUGGUCAAGGCGAAGGAGCAGGUGGUUGCAGGGACCCUGCACCACUUGACUGUCGAGGCCGUCGAUGCAGGGAAGAAGAAGGUCUACGAGGCCAAGGUGUGGGUCAAGCCAUGGCUCAACUUCAAGGAGCUGCAGGAGUUCAGGCACGCAGCGGACUCGGCCUAAGGAUCAUGGUCUUGGGCAUGGUGAUUGAAGACUUUUGCCAAGUUUGAAUUGAAGAUCCUGUGUAUCAAUAAUUUCAGGAGUAACUACAGUAGCUUUAGCUUUACUACAGGAACUCCUGAUUAAUGGCUUUAUUAAGGUGUUGUGAUACACCUAUAUAAUUCCUUCUUGGAACUCAUGUAUGUUUGAUAUAUAUUUAUAUCAAAUUUGGUGCUUAAAUAA